AGCCGUGCGGAGCCGGGCCGGGCCGAGCCGAGCCCGCCCGCCGCGCCCCGAUGAAUGGGAUCGCCUUCUGCCUGGUCGGGAUCCCGCCGUCCGCCCCCGCGCCGACGCCGGGCCGGAGAGAUGGGGCGUCCCCGAACGCCAACGCGCCCCCGGAGGGGGGGUCCUUCCCCUGGGUGGGGCCCAGGACGGUGGCGCUGCGCAAGAGCCCCCAGGGCGGCUUCGGCUUCACCCUGCGCCACUUCAUCGUGUACCCUCCGGAGUCGACCGUGCACUCGGCCAAGGAGGAGGAGAAUGGGAACCGAGCAGGUCCCCCCCGGAGCCGCCUGGAGCCCAUGGACACGAUCUUCGUGAAGAACGUGCGGGAGGACGGGCCGGCGCACCAGGCGGGGCUGCGCACGGGUGACCGGCUGGUCAAGGUGAACGGGGAGAGCAUCAUCGGGAAAACCUACUCCCAGGUGAUCGCCCUGAUCCAGAACAGUGACAAAGUGCUGGAGCUCUCCAUCAUGCCCAAGGACGAGGACAUCCUUCAGCUGGCCUAUUCCCAGGACGCCUACCUGAAGGGCAACGAGCCGUACUCCGGGGGUGCUCAGAGCAUCCCCGAGCCCCCUCCCAUCUGCUACCCACGGAAAACGUACCCCUUCCAGGCCCGGGGUGCCGAGCCCGCCCCGGGCCAGCCGCCGGACCCCCGCGCCCCCCGCUCGGCCACCACCGGUCCCUCGUCCCCGCUGGGCGCCAGCGCCCCGGGCGGCAGCCCCGCGCACCGCCCGAGGGAGCCGCAGCCCGGGGGUCCCCCCUCCCGCCCCGCCUGCCCCGCCAGCGCCACAUCCUCCGUGCCCGACCGCUACGGGCUGUCCCCCGCCACCGCCUCCUGCUACGGCGUCCCCAAGCACCUCCCGGAGCACCGGACUCACUGCGGCUUCAAGGAGGGCACCGGGCGGCCGCCCGGCCGCCAGGAGUGCCAGCAGGCGCUCCGCUGGUACUGCAGCCAGGAGCCGCGGCGCAGCGUGGAGGAGCGGCGGCACGCCAUGCCGCUACGCAGCGUGUCCCACGACCGCCUGGGCGGCUCCGGGCCCCGCGGCCCCGCGGGCUGGCCCCACAGCGCCUCGCACGACACCCUGCUGCAGCCCAGCCGCGAGGCCUGGGCCCCCCGCGCCCGCUCCGACCACUACCUGGGCAGGUACGGCCGCUCCAUGGAGGCGCUGGAGCCGGCGCGCUGCUGGCGUCGCACCUGGACCGCUCCGCGUGGCCCCGAGAGGCUCUGCCGGGCCGCUGUCGCUGCCACCGCCACGGCCGGGCAGCCCGUCCCGCCCGGCUCCUUCGCUGCUUCCUCCUCCUCCUCCUCCUCAUCGCGGGACCCCGUGCAGAAGCACCCGUCGCAACCCAACCUGCCGGCGCGGAUGACUUCGGGCUACAUCGGCUACCGCAGCUACAGCCCGUCCUUCCAGCGCCGCACUGGGCUGCUGCACGCCCUGUCCUGCCGUGACCCCGCCUUCGGGGGGCUGCCCACCUUCAGCAUCGCGCAGCGGGCCUCCCCCGCGGCCGCCCCGGCCGUGCCACGCGCCCGGGAGCCGCGCGGCGGGCGGCAGCGGUCCGAGCAGCCGGAGGAGCGCCGCGAGGAGGUGGUGCUGCGGCAGAAGCCGCCCACGGGCCGCAAGGUGCCCGCGCCACUGCGGCAGAUGAACUUUGUGUUCCCCGAGGGGGUGAAGGAGACGGACAUUUGUGACCCCGCCGGGGCCGCGGGCAGAGGGGACAGGCCGGGGAGUGAGCGGCCGGGCCGGCGAGUGGCUCCCCUGGCGGCCCCCGAGGACUCGCUGGCAUCCAUCCCCUUCAUUGACGAACCCACCAGCCCCAGCAUCGACCUGAAGGCCAAGCACGUCCCGGCCUCCUCGGUGGUGUCCAGCGCCAUGAACUCGGCACCUGCCAUGGCCACCAGCCCUGCGUCCGCCACCUUCGCCUUUGCCCUGUCCCGGCACUACUCCCAGGACUGCAGCAGCAUCAAGGCCGGCCGCCGCUCCUCCUACCUGCUGGCCAUCACCACCGAGCGCUCCAAGUCCUGCGACGACGGUCUGAACACAUUUCGGGACGAGGGGAAGAUCCUAAGGAGGAUGCCCAGCCGGGUCCCCAGCCUCCGCAUGCUGAGGAGCUUCUUCACCGACGGGUCUCUGGACAGCCUGGGCACGUCGGAAGACGCCCGUUCCAAAAGACACUCAACCUCCGACCUCUCGGACGUGCCGUUCAGCGCCGUGAGGAAGGAGGGCUGGCUCCACUGCAAGCAGAUCCUCACCAAAAAGGGGAAGAAGGUCGGGGGAGGCAUCCGGCAGUGGAAGCGCGUCUUCGCCGUGCUGCGCACCCACUCGCUGUACCUGUGCAAGGACAGGCGGGAGGCGGUGACCUGCGCCCCGGCCCCAGGUGAGGAGGAGCCGCCGAUCAGCAUCCAAGCGUGCCUGGUGGACAUCUCCUACAGCGAGACCAAGAGGAAGCACGUCUUCCGCCUGACGACCGCUGACUUCUGUGAAUAUCUCUUUCAGGCAGAGGAUCGGGAAGACAUGCUGGCCUGGAUCAAAGUCAUCAGGGAGAACAGCAAGGCUGAGGGCGAGGACCCCGGUUUUGCCAGCCAAGCCCUUAUCAGCAAGAAGUUAAACGACUACCGGAAAGUGAGCCCUGCGGGCACCAAGCCCGACUCGUCACCCAAGGGCCCUCGUGGGCUGGGGAUCCGAGCCGAGUUCCUGAAGCAGACGGGAACCAGCGCGCCCCGGUCCCCCCGGCAGGAUGCAGCUGUCACGAAAGAUGAAAGCAGCUCCCAAAAAGCCCCGUGGGGCAUCAACAUCAUGAAGAAGAACAAGAAAUCUGCCCCGCGUGCCUUCGGCGUCAGGCUGGAGGAUUGUCAGCCUGCCCCAGACAACAAGAACGUGCCCCUGAUCGUGGAAGCGUGCUGCAGGGUGGUGGAGGACCGGGGGCUGGAGUACAUGGGCAUCUACCGCGUGCCCGGCAACAACGCGGUGGUGUCCAGCCUGCAGGAGCAGCUCAACAAGGGAGCCACCGAGAUCAACCUGCAGGACGAGCGGUGGCAGGACCUGAACGUCAUCAGCAGCCUCCUGAAAUCCUUCUUCCGAAAGCUGCCUGAGCCCCUCUUCACCGACGAUAAAUACAACGACUUUAUCGAAGCCAACCGGAUCGAAGAUGCCAGCGAGAGGAUGAGGACACUGCGGAAGCUGAUCCGGGACCUGCCAGGCCACUACUACGAGACCCUCAAAUUCCUGGUGGGUCACCUGAAGACGAUCGCUGACCACUCGGAGAAGAACAAGAUGGAGCCCCGGAACCUGGCGCUGGUGUUCGGCCCCACGCUGGUGCGAACGUCCGAGGACAACAUGACCGACAUGGUGACGCACAUGCCCGACCGCUACAAGAUCGUGGAGACCCUCAUCCAGCACUCAGACUGGUUCUUCAGUGACAAGGAGGACAAGGGUGAGAAGACCCCUGUGGAUGAGAAGGAGGCUCAGUCUGUGCCCAACAUCGAGUACCUGCUGCCCAACAUCGGCAGGACCGGGGCGCCUGGCGAUGCUGCAGGCUCCACCCGCAGCGGCUCUGCCAAACCGAAGGGCACGUGGCCGUCGCGCAAAGCGCCGCCGCACCGGGAGCUCCUCGCCAUCCCCUUCGUCUCGGCCGCCGCCCGCAAGAGGAAGAAGAGGAGAGAGGCCGAGGGCGUUGGGAGCAGCACCGACGACGACGCGGAGCGCAGGGACGGCCCGGGCCGGCAGCAGGAGCAGGAGGGCCCCGCGGUGACUCCCGGCAAAGCGCCCCGCGGCACCAGCACCGAGCCGGCCGGGGCGGGCGGGAAUGCUCCGCCCGAGCCCGCGGGCAGCGGCUCGAAGCCCGCCCCGGACGCCCGCUCCAUCGUGUCCGGCUACUCCACGCUGUCCACCAUGGACCGCAGCCUGUGCUCCGAGGUGCACUCGGUGGCCGGGAGCCGCGGCGAGGAGGCGGAUGACGAGCGCAGCGAACUCAGCCACAUGGAGACGGACACGGAGAGCCGCGAGGGAGCGCGGCCGCGGCCGGGCCAGGCCGGGCUGGGGGCGGGCGACGAGGACAAGCCGCCCCGGGCCGCCCCUCCUUCAACUUCGCACCGCCUGAUCCAGUGCGACACGCGCCGCAGGAAGCUGGCCAGGCCGCGGGACGCGGGCGCGGCGGCCGGGCGGUGACGAGCAGGGCUGGGUGGCCCCGGGCGGGCGACGCUGCGGGAGCAGCUCCGGCAGCACCUGCGGGGCUCCGCCCGAUGACACGGGGGGCGGCUGCGCCGGGCCACUCCCGAGACCCGCCGCAAGAAGAGCAGCUGGCGCCGGCACACGGUGGUGGUGCCCGGCGGCCUCAAGGACCUCAACUUCAACGAGUGGAAGGAGCCGCGGGGACUCGAGGGGACGCCGGGACCCUGUCGCGACAAGGACUCGGGGCUCAGCAGCCUGGAGUCCACCAAAGCCCGCCCGCCGCGCCCGCCCGGCCCCGCCUGCCCCCCGGGCAGCCCCGGCCCCCCGGCGCCCCUGCGCUUCCCGCAGUGUCUGUGA